AUGGCUACCGGGGGCUCGGCCGCGGGCGGCCGGAUCACAGCCAGCGCGGGCACCAACUUGAUCGGGCAGCACUCACACGACAGGAACCAGGAUGCCACUAUCUACGUGGGAAACUUGGACCCUCAGUUGACAGAGGAGCUGGUUUGGGAGCUGUUCACCCAAGUGGGGCCAGUCGUCAACGUGUACCUGCCCAAGGACCGCGUGACGAAUGCCCACCAGGGCUACGGGUUCGUGGAGUUUCGAGGAGAAGAGGACGCCGAUUAUUCCAUCAAAAUCCUGAACAUGGUCAAGCUGUACGGCAAGCCCAUCCGCGUCAACAAGUCCUCUCAGGACAAGAACUCCAACGAGGUCGGGGCCAACCUGUUCGUGGGCAACCUGGACCCGGAGGUUGACGAGAAGCUCCUGUACGACACCUUCAGCGCGUUUGGCGUGAUCGUCAACACCCCCAAGAUCAUGCGCGACCCCGACACCGGCGUCAGCAAAGGCUUUGGGUUUGUGAGCUACGACUGCUUCGAGGCCAGCGACGCCGCGAUAGAGGCCAUGAACGGGCAGUUUCUGUGCAACCGCGCCAUCGCGGUGUCGUACGCAUAUAAGAAGGAGUCCAAGGGCGAGCGCCACGGCACGCCGGCCGAGCGGCUCCUGGCGGCGCAGAAACGCGCCAAGCAGGCCGCCCAGAGCCGCCCCCACACCAUGUUUGCGUCCGGCCCCCGCCAGCAGCCGCAGCAGCACCUCGCAGACGGCGGCGGCCCGCCGCCGCCACAGGCGCCCGCGCCCGCGCAGCCGCCCGCCGUGCCUGGCUUCGCCGCGGGCCCGCCUCCCAUGGCGCCGCAUGGCAUGCCGCCGCCGGGCAUGCCGCCGCCGGGGAUGCCGCCGCCGGGCGCGCCGGGCUGGAUGCAGGGGCCGCCGCCGCCCGGCAUGUUCCCGCCGCCCGGCAUGCCGCCGCCGCCCAUGUACUACGGGGGGCCGCCGCCGGGCAUGCCGCCGCCGCCGGGCCACAUGGGCCCCAUGGGGGGCAUGCCGCCGCCGGGGAUGCACCGGCCGGGGAUGCCGCCGGGGAUGCCGCCGCCGCCGAGCAUGCAGCAGUGGGGCCGGCCGUUCUUGCCGCCGGGUGAGUGUGCGAAGCGUGUCUGA